UUUACAAAGUGGGGGAGGGCCCGUCGAGAGGAGGGAGCGUGGCGCCGAUCCAAGGUGAUUUCCCGUAAACCACAUGUUCCGGAGGGAGCGCUUUAUAAGGCCGACGAGCCAGGCAGGCGGCACUGCGCGGACGGAGGCAGCAUUUCCUGGGCUUCGCGCGAACUGAAAGCACACAGUCCCAGCCCCCUUCGCCGGCCGCCGCUGCAAACGGGAUUAGCCUGCAAGAGGGAAAGAAGGCGCGCCCGCCGACGCUGCUUUCUCGCCAACCCGGAUCUUAAGGCGGCGGAUUGGGGCGUUUUCGGAGCGGGCUGCGUGCAGGGCCAAGGAAAAGAUGAUCUCCCACAUUGCAGCGGCCUUUCUCCUCCUCGUGGCCUGCGCUAUCCAUGGAACAGAGCAGAAGAACAGAGGUUGCAGCCGCUUAAUCCACGAUGUUCACCUGAAUCGGCUGCUGGACCUGGUUGAUAGCCAGAUGAUGAAGCCCUCUUGUGAGCUGUCCUUUGAGUAUGUGGAUGAGAGAGAGCUGGAUGACCCCAAAUGCUUUCUCAGAGCAGCAUACUCGCCUCUAAGAAACAUCCUUGAAAGUAUUGAAUUCAAGCGCAAUACUCCAAACUCUAACACAAUGAAGGAUGUAAAGGACUGGCACAUAGAAGUUGGAGACUGCAUGAAUAUUAAUAGCAGGGAUGAAGAAGAGAGCAAGCACUGCACCAAGCCGUUCUCCCAGACUUCAAGGCAGAUGCUGAAGCUGGUGCAUGAGUACUUCAGCAAAGCUAAGGAAAUCUUGUCCGAAGGAAAUUUCAGCCACGAUUGCAGCAGUGUCUUUGAGAAAUGUUCUGACUCAGAAGGGAAGAGUGCAGCAUCUUCAGGUGUGGUGACUGACCAGGAUUGCCCGUGUCCAGCCACAAGCCCCAUGAGUGGCAGAGGCUCAGCUUCUCUCCUUCCAACCUUUGAGCCCUCCUCUUCCAUUGCAGACCAGCUGGACAGCAAAGAGGCAGCUGCCAGCACUCUCCAGCUCUUUAUGCAGCCUGGCACCAUGCAGACUCAAGGCGGGUCACAGGGUAGCACCAGGCCCAGGAUGCCUAGGAGCACCCAAAGGGGCCAAGGAGCUGCAGCACCCACGGAUUUCGUAGCUAGCACUGAGGCUGUCAUGUCCUCGCCGCCAGAAGAACUAGCGUUGGCAGCUGUGUCCCAGGGACUUGACCCUCUGUCUGCAAACAUUGCAUCCUUCCUGGACUCAGCCGUAACCCUUGAUUCCUGGUCCCCCAGGCUCAAAAACAUUUCUCCCCCUCCUUCUAGCCAACAAAGCAUUGAACCUAUGGGGACAGGGUCUCCUCUUCCUGGUUCUGGGGCUGGCAGCAGCCAGACAUGGCCCCAUGAAUUCCCUUCCCAUUCUUCCCUUUUCUCUGGCUCAACCAAACCCUACCUCAGAAAGCAGUGGCUUCGAUCAACUGAAAUGGAUGUAUCUGGUUGGGCUAUGACUGACACAAGCAGCACAUCUGGCCUGACUUUGGCGUCUCUUGCCAGUUUGGACUCUGCAGAGAGCUCAGGGGUGCCCUCCAGUGGCAGUGGGGCAACCCUCUCGCCCAGUGACCCCACACUCUUCCCUGUCUCUGAGGAUCCUGUCUCUGCUGCACAACAGCUUUCUAGAUUGGUGGUCACCACAAACAGUCCAUCAUCUCACAGGCAGGUACCCCCAGAAAGCUAUUCCUCGGGCAGCCAAGGUAGAGCCCCAGGAGUACUGCAGAACACCCAGCUCCGAGAGAGACGAGCGGAACAAGAAGAGGGCCCAGCCAAGGGCAGGGAGCCGGAGGAUAGCAUGCCAGGUCCCGGCUCUGAUCUGAGCUUCAUUCCUUCGAACACAGACAAGCACAGCAAGAAGCCAGAAGCCAGAGUUACCCAAGGGAUGGCUGUGACUUAUGUGGUGGUGCCCAGUGUCCUGGGAAUCCUGUUGGCCGUGGGUGGCCUGCUCUUCUACUUCCAUAAAUCCAGGAUGCUAGCCAGGAGGCGACUGCAGAGAAAUGAGAGAAACCUGGAAAGGCAAGAAGGAAGGCCACUGAAUAGAGGGGAGGGAGAUCUGGAAUUGCAGAUACAGGAGGAGGAACUAUGAGCUGGACCCCUUUCCCUCUGGGAUGACAAGCCACGUGGGGACUGGGCAGCCAGCCCCUCUUUUUUAAAAGGACAGCGCUCUCGUUACUGCUGGGAGAAAUUAACACAAACUGGACUCUGGGAACUGAAGCAAUUGCAGUCCCUUCCCACGAAGAGUGUUUUCUCUUCCCAGACACGUUUUAAUUUUUUUGCGAUGGAAAGGGAUUCAUCGGGAAAUGGACGCUAUAUUUAUUCCUGGCAUUCAAGGUUGGCUUUCACACUUAACUGCAAGCUGCCCUCUUUCUGCCAGUCGGACAACAAGCUGGAGCUUGGUGGGGAGGAUGGAAACUGUUUGGAAGCUGACUUUGGACUUCAAAAGGCCUCUUCUGAUGGUGAGAGAGGGAAUUACUAAGAACCACUGUGCCCUACUGCCUUCCAGAGUGGAAAGGGUGACAUCCUCUCCAGAGAUGGAUGUUGAGUCUGCAGUUUGAACAGCUAUGUAUCUGGGAAAGAAGACUCUCUUCCAGGGCUUCCAGCUCCUUUGGAGAAGACAUAGGAUUUUGGGCCUUAUAUCUAUAUAUUUUCCUAGACAUAACUCCCCAUAGAUAUGAAUAAUGGCAAGUUGUGGUUCUGUAGAGAAUGGGCACUCUCUCCCCACCUGCCUUUAAGCCAUGUGUAUAAUGUAGCCCAAGGAAGGACACCCAUUUUCCCUCCUCCCCUGCAAAACAUCCUCCAUUUUUAACUCCCCAAAUAGCCUAAUGCAUUAAUCUGAGAGUUUGCUAUCCCAGUGGCCUUCUAUGUCUUCAUUCCAGGGACCCCCUUUUAUUAAUCCCAAUCUACAAAAUGGGACCCGCUUUUAACUUUUUAACUUUUUACCAGGACUAGCAGGGGUCACUUAAUAAAAUUUGAUUUUAGUUGCACUUUAGGGCAGACUAGGUAAGGAAUACAGCACAGCCUUAUGAUGGCGACUCCUAGCUUAAGAUGGCUUUUUUUUUAAAAAUGGGGUUAGAUAAAUGUAGCACCAAGCAACUGUCCCAUUGGUGGAAAGAUUUCUGCUUGUGCAAUGGCACCCCCCC